ACGGAGCAGAGGCCCGAGAGGCAUCGCCCUAGAUAACGGUAGAAUUGUGCGCUGUCCGCGGGUUUGUCUCACGCGUAUAAUCGAAACAGCGACAAGUUUCUAGUGAUUAGAGAGUUGAAAAACAAAAAAGCCCCCCCAACUCGCCAAAAACAAUAACUCCCCUCCCAAAAAAAAAUCCCAAGUGCCCACCAAAACUCGUGGCCGAGACAAUCACAGGGUUGAAAGUUGCUGAUUCGCGUGGUAGACUUGUGUGAAAAAUUCGAUGAAUCGAAAAUUAUUAAUACGAGUUUUUAAAAUAAACGGGUGAUACGACACGACCGACGGGGAACGGCCCCCCCGCGCACGGCGUCUGUGCUUUUUUUUUUUAUUCCAAGAAGAAGAGAAAAAAAAAAGCGACGAGAACGAGAAGGAGAAUUUACACCGGGAGUCAUCGGGGGAAAGAAAAAGAGGAAAAAAAAACAGGAAUAAACGAGGGGAGAGAAACGCUGGAGAAUUCGUUGGGAUUCAUGUGGCGAGUGAAGCCGGUGUGUUUAAUUCACUUGUGAUUAAAAGUGAGAGAGAUAUAUCGGAGUCAUUUCUUGUGGGAUAAAUUGAUGAACCUGGGGUGGAGUGACGAGGUAAAAGACAAGGGAAGCAUCUGAUUGCUGGAUAAAUAUCGGAGAUAUCGGUGGACAAAGAGUUGACCGAGGAAUUCUUACGAGUUAUUAACGAGAAUCAGCGGUAUCUCUUGUGUUGGAAUCUGUUUUGCCCUUAUUUUUUCCAACUGAGAGAUCACAAGUACAACGACAACGGGGAAUCGACGGAAGGGGUGCAGCUCGAAACGAAAGGAGGACAAGACGCGGCGGAUUCGGUGACCCCUCGGCUGUGACAAGGAAUAGAUAGUCUAGGGACAAUAACAAUGCGUGAAUAUAAGAUAGUUGUUUUGGGAAGUGGUGGUGUUGGCAAAUCAGCCCUCACUGUUCAGUUUGUUCAGGGUAUAUUUGUUGAAAAGUAUGACCCAACGAUUGAGGACAGUUAUCGAAAGCAGGUUGAGGUUGAUGGACAGCAGUGUAUGCUGGAGAUCUUGGACACAGCCGGCACGGAACAAUUCACAGCCAUGAGGGACCUAUACAUGAAGAAUGGCCAGGGUUUCGUUCUAGUUUAUUCAAUAACAGCCCAAUCGACGUUUAACGAUCUACAGGAUCUCAGGGAACAAAUAUUACGGGUUAAGGACACGGACGAUGUUCCAAUGGUACUGGUCGGCAACAAGUGUGACCUGGAGGACGAGAGGGUAGUGGGAAAAGAUCAGGGCGUUAACCUUGCACGACUAUUCAACUGCGCCUUCAUGGAGACCUCUGCCAAAGCUAAAAUUAAUGUUUAUGACGUGUUCUACGACCUCGUGCGACAAAUCAAUAAAAAAUCCCCCGAAAAGAAGAUGAAACAAAAAAAGAAAUCGUUGUGCCUACUUCUGUAAGGUAGAGGCGGCCUUGGCCGCAAACCACCCGCGUGACAACCAACAUUAAAACGAGAAAAAGAAAAUCCAACAAGUAAUCAAGAAUAAUAACUAAAAAAAAAAAAGGCCGAAGGAUAGCAGUGGUGAAUCAGGGGAUAAGGCGGACAUGUGAAGAGGAUUUCACCACUGACACGAAAUAAUUGGGGUAAAGAAAAAAAGACAGCAAAACUACCAGAAACAAAAAAUUUCAAUCACAAUGCAGAAAAAAAAA